AUAUAGUUGGGCAAAGUGUAAAAGAAGAAAAUGAAGGCCUAUGAAAGUUGAUGACAAUAUUGCUGCCUUUUCACUAUGAAAUUGGUUGUAUAUAGCUCCAGCUACCCAAACUCCUGGACUUUCACCUUCUGGGAAAACAACAGAUUAUGCCUUCGAGAUGGCUGUUUCAAAUAUUAGGUAUGGAGCAGGAGUUACAAAGGAAGUAGGCAUGGAUCUCCAAAACAUGGGGGCUAAAAAUGUUUGCCUGAUGACAGACAAGAACCUCUCCCAGCUCCCUCCUGUAAAAGUAGUUAUGGAUUCCCUUGUGAAGAAUGGCAUCAGUUUUCAAGUUUAUGAUAAUGUAAGAGUGGAACCAACAGACGCAAGCUUCAUGGAUGCCAUUGACUUUGCCAAAAAGGGAGUUUUCGAUGCCUAUGUUGCUGUGGGUGGUGGCUCCACCAUGGACACCUGUAAAGCUGCUAAUCUAUACGCAUCCAGCCCUAAGUCUGAGUUCCUUGAUUAUGUUAAUGCCCCCAUUGGGAAGGGAAAGCCGGUGUCUGAGCCUCUUAAGCCUUUGAUCGCAAUCCCAACUACCUCAGGAACUGGGAGUGAAACUACUGGAGUUGCCAUUUUUGACUAUGAACACUUGAAAGUCAAAACUGGUAUUGCUUCGCGAGCCAUCAAACCCACACUGGGACUAGUUGAUCCUCUGCACACCCUCCACAUGCCUGGCCAGGUGGUUGCCAACUGUGGUUUUGAUGUGCUUUGCCAUGCCCUGGAGUCAUACACUGCCUUGCCCUACCACAUGCGGAGCCCCUGCCCUUCCAACCCCAUCUCUCGACCAGCGUACCAGGGUAGCAACCCAAUCAGCGACAUUUGGUCAGUCCAAGCACUGCGGAUCGUUGCUAAGUAUCUGAAGAGGGCUGUCAGAAAUCCUGAUGAUCUGGAAGCAAGGUCUAAUAUGCACUUGGCAAGUGCUUUUGCUGGCAUUGGCUUUGGAAAUGCUGGUGUUCAUUUGUGCCAUGGGAUGUCAUACCCAAUUUCAGGUUUAGUGAAAACAUAUAAAGCAAAGGACUACAAUGUGGAUCACCCACUAGUGCCCCAUGGUCUUUCUGUGGUGCUCACAUCCCCAGCGGUGUUCACGUUCACAGCAAAGAUGUUUCCAGAACGGCACCUGGAGACGGCAGAAAUAUUGGGAGCUGACACACGCACCACCAAGAUCCAAGAUGCUGGACCUGUGUUGGCAGACACACUCCGGAAAUUCUUAUUUGAUCUAAAUGUUGACGAUGGCCUGGCUGCCAUUGGCUACUCCAAGGCAGAUAUCCCUGCAUUGGUGAAAGGAACCCUACCUCAGGAGCGAGUCACCAAGCUAGCUCCCCGCCCCCAGUCAGAAGAGGAUCUGUCUGCACUGUUUGAAGCUUCAAUGAAACUGUAUUAAUUGCCAUUUAACUGAAGGAAUUAAUAGCCAUUGUAAUUCUGAGAAAAAAACUUGAUCUGGCUAAAGCUCUGUCUUUUCAAACCUUCACACACAACUUUCCUGUUACUAGUUUGAGCGAGGCAUAAAUUUAUCCUGUAGGAGCUUCCCUGGUGUUCGAAGUCAAGCUAUUUCCAUACAACAGGCUAGACAAGUGCCCACUAUGUCAGACCCAUAGGCCGGAGGGCAGGGAUCAGUGUUUCUCCACCAAACCCCAUGGAGUACUCUGCCUCUGCUCCAUUAUCAAAUGGGCAAAAAUCUAGUAUCCAUCAAAUAUGUAAAUGUUCAUGUUCUAUACCAGUAACUGCAUGUCUAGAAAUUUAUCUUAUAGAAAUACUAGCAUAAAUAUGUAAAGAAACAUGACAAGAAGUUUCUGAAAGUACUUUUUCAAAUAAUAAAAAUUGAAACAAAGGGAGGGCAGGGGUAAGGGGAAAAAAUGAGAAUCAA